AUGAUUACGUGCUUAUGUUUCCGCCGGUAUUCCCACGAGCUCUGAGUCAUAUUUACACGUUGCUUGAUGCAAGAUGGGAUAUUUGGACUGGAGUGACGUCAUCGCGCAUCCUGCCCCCACGUGACGCGUUAGCUCCACCCACAGGCCUGGUUUCCUGGGCGAUGGUGCGUUAGUAUGGCGCUGACAGUGGAGCGGGCUGAGUGAUUAACCCGGGCUCCGUGUCCUCCUGCUCACGCCGAGCUGGAGCUCUGACCUUUAACUCGCCUGCGUGUGUGUGUGUGUGUGUGUGUGUGUGUGUGUUCGUCGGGAUGAAACGAGACAUCGAGUGUACUGAACCGGAAUACUGGCUCCCGGUGUGUGGAUAAAUCAUUCAUUAGUACACAGUCAUGGCCGGACUGAUCAAGAAGCAGAUCCUCAAGCACCUUUCCAGGUUUGCUAAGAACCUGUCCCCAGAUAAGAUCAACCUGAGCACGUUGAAGGGGGAGGGUCAGCUGACCAAUCUGGAGCUGGAUGAGGAGGUGCUGCAGAACAUGCUGGAUCUGCCCACGUGGUUGGCCAUCACCAAGGUCUUCUGCAACAAGGCAGCGAUCCGGAUCCCAUGGACCAAGCUGAAAACACAUCCUAUAACCCUGUCACUGGACAAAGUUGUGAUGGAAAUGAGCACCUGUGAUGAGCCACGCCCACCCAAUGGACCCUCUCCCAUAGCAACAGCCUCAGGUCAAAGUGAGUAUGGUUUUGCUGAGAAGGUAGUAGAGGGCAUUUCUCUGUCUGUGAAUUCCAUCAUUAUCCGGAUCAGUGCCAAGGCCUUCAAUGCAUCGUUUGAGCUCUCUCAGCUGCAGGUCUACAGCGUGAACACCAGCUGGGUGACCAGCGACCUGCGCUACACACGCAUUCAGGACCCUGCUCGUGGAGAGAUCCUGACCUUUAAGGAGGUUAGCUGGCAGAUGAUCCGGAUUGAGGCUGAUGCCAUCCAGAGCUCUGAACACGAGGUGCUCAGUGCCCCUAUCCGUCUCAUCACCAAUCAGUCCAAGAUCAGAGUCACACUUAAGAGGAGGAUGAAGGACUGCCAUGUUGUAGCGUCUAAACUGAUCCUGAUCCUGGACGACCUGCUGUGGGUGCUGACGGACUCGCAGCUCAAAGCCAUGGUGCAGUACGCCAAGUCUCUGAGUGAGGCCAUGGAGAAAUCAGCGCUGCAGAGGAAGAGCAUGGCACCUGACUCUUCUCAGGCAACAACAGCGCCCAUCUCUGCACAGCAGGUACACAUACAGCAGGCCUCAGCCGCAACAGACCCAAGUGCCUCUAUGGCUCACCUCUUCAAUGCCUUCGAUGUGUGUGAAACCUCCCACCACCUGCAGAUUACGCACCUCGACUUGCACAUCUGCGACGACAUCCACGCCAAGGACAGGGGGAUUGAUAAGAGGAUUCAAGGUGGGGCCAUGCAGCUCUCUUUCAGUUCCAUCACCAUAGACUACUAUCCGUUCCACAGAGCAGGUGAGACCUGUCAGCACUGGAUGCACUACAGUGACGCCACUAAGACCCGUGAGGGCUGGGCUCGUUCUCUGCUAGAGGAAUAUAGAUCUAACAUGGAAAUGCUCAAAAAUGCCAUCAGCGGACAAUCACAGUGCUCCCCUCAACAUGAGGAGCUGAGUGCUGGCGUAGUAGUUAGGCAGCUGGACUCUGGUGCUGAAGCUUGGGAUCCAUUCCCACGCUGCUGCUGGUGCCUGGAGCCAGGCAAAAUCUCUACCAGCACUAGUACUUCUUUCUCCCAAUCACCCAGCCCCAGGGCCCAGCUCAUGUCUAGCUCCAUCGUACUGCGCAUGGCUGACUUCAGUAUUUACCAGGUGUCAACAGCGGACCAGCGGCGCACCUCUCCUAAGGCUAUGAUAUCCUGUAAUAAAAAGACCCUGUAUCUGCCACAGGAGAUGCCUGCUAUCCAUCUGGAAUUCACAGAGUAUUACUUCCCUGAUGGAAAGGACCACCCCAUUCCCUGCCCUAACCUAUAUGUGCAGCUGAAUGCCCUGCAACUAGUCGUGGAUGCACAAAGCCUGGUGUGGCUCAACCUGUUUGCUCUGGAUUUGCACCACAGCUUGGUCCAGUUCAUGGAGCUCUAUAAGCUCAAUGACUCCCAAAAACCUGAUGAGCACAUUGACGUCAGAGUAGAUGGUCUCAUGCUAAAGUUGGUGAUUCCUUGUGACCAGAAACAGUUCCAGCCAGACCAGCCUCGCUCCAUUUCGGUGCAAACGUCUGAAAUGUUGGCCACAAACACACGACACUCGCCUGGCUGUUCCCGCUCUGACCUUGAGGCUCUGUUGCAGGCUUUCCGAGAGCAGGCCUUCUUCACCUCCUCCACGUCCUCCUCAUUUCCUGUGCUUCACCCAGUCUUCCAACGUCAUGCGCAUGAAAGAGACACAUGCCUGCAUGAUGUUUACCGUGGUCUGGCACCUCCUACCCUCAGCACUGAUGCCCUCAAGACACCAUCAGCCACCGAUCUGUGGGCCCUACGCUUCACCCAAUUCUGGGUGGACUACGAGGGUCCCCGAAACCACCGGCCCUCACCGUGUGUUGAUUCCUUCCCUCUCACCCUCUGGCUGUGCCAGCCUGCCCGCUAUGUUCAGCACCAGCAGAGACCUAAGGCAGGUGCAGACACAGGGACACUGGCAACUGAUGUCAGUGGUCGGCUGCAGAGGAAAAAGUUGUUGAAGGAAUAUUACAGCACCGAGACCUUGGCCAACCAACCAACCAAUGGCCUGCACAAGCCUUUCUCUCUGGAUGGAUUGAAUGCUGAUGACUCUUCCUCUGUCACCUCCUCCUCUUCUUCAUCCCCUGGAGAUGCAGACGUGCAGGUGCUGGUGCAAGUACAGAAGCUCCUGAGUGCGCAAGCUAGCCAUAGCCAGUAUGUGUUCCUGCUGAAACUGCAGCAAACACUGAAUACACUGCAGCGGACACUGCAACAGGACCUGCAGCAGCAUGGCUUGGCACAGAAAGGUACUGGACGGACGUUUGGUGCGUGUGUGGGCCUCCUGGUGAGCAGUGCUGAGGUUGCACUGCUGUUGAAGCCCAUACCUACAGCUGAUGCAGACAGCAGCCCUCUGGGCUCUGAGCUCUCGCCGUCUGGGAGCAGAGCCACGUUGGAGGUUGGCAGUGAGGCAGGAGACAGCACAGCAGGCACAGCCAAGCUCACCUGCCCUGUGGAACAGAUGCUGUGUGUAGACACAGAGAUACAGAGCCAGAGUGCUCCACCUCUCCUUCCUUUUGCAGCACCCUCCCGAACUGAGAAGAAAAGUUCCACUGAGGAGAAAAAUGCAUGGUCAGGCCCAGAGGAGAAAAGAAAUGGUGCAGAUGGGUUUCAGGAGGGCAAGGAGUUAAAACUAGAGCCCAAAGUGCUGCAGAGUGAGGCUUCACUGGGCAGGACUAUGGCGGUGGAUGCAAUGGGUGAGCCAAUCUCUAGGGACUGGAAUGACAAGAGCCAGGGAGCCAGACUACCUCAGUCUAUGUCCAGUGGGCGCCUGAUGAGGGAUCGAUCGCAGUCGACUUUCUCUGUGACCUAUAAGAACAUGAAGAAGAGUCCUUCACUGCAGUCUCUGGACAACAUCUCCAUAGACAGCUCCUUACUGGAGGACUAUGAUUCGUACAGCUUGGAGAGAGACGAUGUGUCUAUCUCUGGGUUUAAAGUCACUCUGAGUGAUCCGAGCGCUGCUGAGCGGGCCACCGAGGUGGUGGUGCAGGAUGGAGAAAAUGCGCAGUCACCCGAAGCAGUCAGCGCCACCUCACAGAGCACUGACGAGCACGCCAAAGAUCUGGUGUCAGUGCUGGUCCUGAAGGUGCACUCAGUGUGUGCCUCUCUAACCGUGAGAGGUGAUAACACUACUCUAGCUCUGGAGGUGGGGCAGGUCCGCACCAAUCAGCUCGGCAACGUCAGUCUACGCCAGUAUCUUAGCAACCACAGUCUUGGCUCAGCCUCAGACCAGGAGCCCUGCAGUAAGCAGCUGGAUCCAGAGGUCCGACUCCGGCUGGUGAAUGGGCCGGAAGCAGCUGCUCACUCUCCUCUGGCUGAGCACAACGGCUUCCUGCAGUGCCAGCUGCAGGCCUUCAGCACUGACUUCCUCAUGACAUCUCUGCGAAAUCUUGCCACCUUCCUAGAGGAUGAUUCCACCUCUCAAGUGCUCCCAAUGGAGAUCACGAUCCAAGAUUCUCACAUUAACCUGAAGGACGAUGGUCCCCGGGACAGCCCUUCAGAGUCAGAACCCACUCCCAUGUCCCUGCACAUCCACAAUCUUCUGGUGCUGCGCAGAGACGAUGGCUCCUUCCACAUUGGAGUCGAGCAUGCUGCACAGGUAGAGCCUCAGGAGAUGGAGUGUGUUCCUGACAGCCAACAUAUUUCUGCCCCUGAAGUGUGUGGUGCUGUGGCCAGGGAGCCGAAAGCCACACAGACCGAACCUCUGUCACCCACAGGCCCCUUCCCCUCUGUCAGAGAAAAGAUGCUGGUGGAGGAGAAUGAGUGUUUGAAACUGGAACUUUCCAAAACCAAGAUGGCACUUGCUGAGGCCCAGAUGGAGAAAGACUCUCUGUUGCACCGUAUGAAGAACAUCAAACUCAACACUGGGGGCAGCACCAGCUAGGCUAGAGCCGCACAGAAACAUCCAGUGAAGAUACUCUCUUAAAAGGCUGUCUCUCUUCUCCCUUCCCCUCGUCUUUCCCUUCAUCUUCUCUGUUUUUAUGAUGGACUGCCCAUAUUUUUUCUCUUUUUCAGACUAUGGGGAUUGUGGGGAAUGUGUUUGCCUACAUGAGUGUUUGUGUGUGUGUGUGUGUGCGCACAUUCUGUUCUCUGAGGACUUGUCUUAUAUAGUUGAAUUGACUCUGAAUGUCAUAUUUUGAAAAGAAUGUCUUAAAAUAAAAGACAAUUUGCACAACACUGAGCUAUAUAUAACAAAAUGUACAUAUUAAUAGCUAUUUAGCUAUUAACAGAUAGUGUUUGUGUGUACAGUAUGGAAAAACACAGAAGAAUGUUUUGUAAAGAGUUUGAAUGGCCCAGUUUUUGUGUAAUUAUGCGUGUAAAAGGGUGAGGUUUUUUUUUUUAUAUUGUUUUAAUAUCUAAGAAAAAAAAACUUUUCUUAAUUGCUUCAUUCCACAUGCACUACAAUAACUUCCAUAACACGAGAUUGCACAUAGCUGUUGAAUUUUUGCGUGUACGUAGCGUUAUGUGUUUAGAAGGCGGCACUUUCCUGACUGUAGUAGUUGUUAGCCAGUGUGUUUCUACAAUCAUAGAAGAUCUCUCUGGUAUAUGAGCGUGUGUGUGCACUACCAUUCAUUGUGUUGUAGGACAUAUAUUCAUACGAUUAGUUUUUUAUGAACUGAAGUGCUGCACAGUGUUUGCAGUUGCGGUGCUGCUUGAGCCUGUGUAAUUCUCUCUGGAGAUUUCCACAAUAAGACCGUUGUGUUAUAAUGGGCUAAUAUUUCUAGUGUUUCGCUAUACACACCCUUGCUUCAGGGUUUUUUUUAAAUGCAGAACAACAUUUUUCAAUGUUUGCCUGUGGUAACUCACAGCUCAACGGUGUGACUCACGCUGAAACCAAAUUUAGUUUAAUUAAAUCUAUUGCUUAAGAGGUUUGUUUGUUUUGUGUAUUUAUGCUAAGAGGGCAUAAGUCCUAUGUCUGUAUGUGCAGUAAUUUGUGUAUUAAUGCUUAUUAGUUUAGACCAAAGCUGUUCUUGUUCUCUGCCAUGACUUGUGCCCACAACCUGUCCUCAAUCUGAACAAAAUCAGCCCUACAACUGAGAACUCCAUACAUAGAAAACGUACUGAUGAAAACAUGUACAAUAAUUUAUUAUGGAAAAGCUGCUGGAACAUCUGAAAUAAAAUAAUAACAUUGAAUCUUUCUAGAAUGUGGUUAAAUGUGGUUCAGAAAUAUAUAUGCCUUUUCUUCUGUUAUUUUAAGGAUUAAGGAUGCAAUAAGUAAAAUGUAAACAAUUUUUUGCCAGAUUUUGGAUUUUUUAAUGCUAAAUAAACAGUUUGUAGUGAUGA